GAAAUUGAAGAAAAUGUGCAGAUUUUGAAAGUACAAGUUGCUAGCGCCAAAGACGAAUUGGAGAAAUUGAACUGUGAAUCCAGGAACUUUCAGUCUCUAAGUGAAAUUCGAGGCCAACUGUGUAACAACUAUCAUUGCUGUGGGCAUACAAAAGUUAAGUGUUCAAAAGCUCCUUUCACGGACAUAAACGCAUGUAAAAUAAAGGAAAAGCACCCAGAGCACAAAGCUAAAAUUAACCAACUUCAGCGGGAGAUAAGAUCUCUUGAAAACAAGGCCCAAGAAGAGGAAGCCCACCUCAAAGGUUUUACAGCUGCAUGUGAACGCGCAAAAUCUUCGUUUUUCUACGUAAUGAGACCUAGAUUGAAAAAGCAAAACCAAGUUAAAUACUCAAACAGAAGUCGGUUGGACAGAGAUCUUAUAAUUUUACAAAGAGCGAUAAAAAAGGUUGCCGAUCGGUCCGACGAUGAAGACUGGAGACUUUCGCUGAUUAUAGAA